AUGGGGAGGAAGAAGAAGGACACCGGAAUCACCAUCCCUGAGAUUACAUGGACCAAUGACUUAAUCUGGAAGUUGCUGGCCGAGAUAGAAUUGCCAGAGAACAGAGUUGUAUUGUUGGGCAAAUGGAAGAAGUGCAAGAAUACCUCAGAUGAUAGCAAGGCUACUGUGUAUCAGUGCAUGGCUGCCGUGAUUUUCCUGCAGUUCCAUAACCUAAAUCCCACUGUUACUGGGGACUGCGUCAAGUGCAAGUAUGAGCACAAGGAUUCAAUGGCAGUAAAGCAUCACUCUGUAAACAACUCCACUGUACCCUCUGCAAUUCCUGCAUGGCAGGCAAUAUCCUGCAGAGAUCCUCCAUUUCCAUAA